AAAACAUGGCAUAAAACCACCGGUUGCAAGGAUCUGACCGCUAGGGUUUUAGGCCUUCCCGCCGUCGCCGUCAUGUAUGGGAACUCCGGCGAGUCCCCCCCGUGACGCGGCGGCCGCUCCCCUCCAGACCGUGGCGACACCGCUAGGGUUUUAGGCCUUCCCGCCGUCGCCGUCAUGUAUGGGAACUCCGGCGAGUCCCCCCCGUGACGCGGCGGCCGCUCCCCUCCAGACCGCGGUCGCCACCGUCUCCACCGCCCAGAUACUCCGCGCAUCCGGCUACUCCGCCGCGGAGCCCUCCGCCCUCCGCGCCCUCUCGGACAUCGCCGGCCGCUACAUCGCGUCCCUGGGCCGCACCGCCACGGCCCUCGCGGGGGCCCGCGGCCGCACGGAGCCCAACAUCGCCGACCUCGUCUUGGCGCUGGAGGACCACGCGCCUGGCGGCUUUCCCGGCGCGUCCGACCCCGCGCGCCCCGUGCUCCGCUCCGGCGCGCUCGCGGAGCUCGCCGGGUUCGUCGCCAAGGUGCGGGAGGUGCCGUUCGCGAAGCCAUUGCCGAGGAGGGAUUCGGGCGGCGGCAAGGGGUGCGAGAGCUUCGCGGCGGUGGGGAGGGAACCGCCGCUGAGGCACGUCCCGCGGUGGCUGCCGCGCUUCCCCGAGAGGUGGGAGGACCGGGUGCGCGGCCGCGGCGAGUUGGAGGCGAAGACUGAGGAGGACACAGGAGAGGCAGUAACGGUGAUGGUGAAUGGUGAUGGUAAUGGCGGCGUGGAGGGCAGAGGCGCCGUGCCGGAGAAGAGGGAGAAGGUGUGGUUCCGCGUGGGGAAGAAGAAGCGGCGGCGGGUGGGACCGGACAAGUGUGGUGGUGGUUUCGAACCAUUUGAGAAAAACUGAGAUAAUUCGCGCUGCAAAACCGUGCCUGGUUAUGCAUCGAACACGCGACGUAACAAUGAACCAUACUGUAGACCAACGCGUCAUCAUGUGCUUCCGUUGUAAACUUUUUCUGAUUUUUCUUUAUUUACGAUAACUAUGAAGUCUGAUGUUUUCGUUACCCUACCAUAAUUGCUAGUUUUUUUUAAAAAAAAUACUGGA